AACCAUUCGACAGUCCGACCAUUUUCUCCAUUAUUUUUCCCUUAUUGCCCCUUCCAUGGCUGGUCGCUACGAGCUAGAGCUGAUUAUCUCCUCCGCCAAAGAUCUGAAGAACGUCAACUGGCGUCACGGCUCUCUGAAGCCAUACGUCGUGGUUUGGGUGGAUCCUGCCGCCAAGCUCUCCACAAAAGUCGACAACGACGGCGACACCUUUCCUUGCUGGAACGAGACUCUACUCAUUCCAGUGCCCUCCCGGAUCGAAGACUCCACACUCUACCUCGACGUCGUCCAUUUCAAAGCCGAUGACGAAGACGACACCAAGCCGGUCGUCGGCUCCGCUCGCCUCUUCCUCCGCGACGUCGUCGAUGACGUCGGCUUCGGCGCCCAGGCCAUCCGCACUCUCGAGCUCCGCCGCCCCUCUGGCCGCCCUCAUGGCAAAGUGGAAGUUAAGGUCUCCGUGAGAGAUCCGCGCUACCGUGCUCCUGGGUCCGCCUACUCACCCCCUUACGGCGUGCCCCCGCCAGCGGGAACCAGAGGCGCAGGCUACGCGGCUUCCCCGGCUUACGCCACUCCAUACGGCGCACCCCCACCUGAUCCUUACUACUCCAAUGCACCACCCUACGGCCAAGACCCCUACGGCCAAGACCCCUACAGACAGCCGGCAUAUGGGCAGCCUCAGCCAAGAUACGGAGAUCCGGCGUACGGACAAGGGCCAUACGGACAGACGGUGGUGGAGCAGCCGCAGAAGAAGUCAGGGAUGGGGAUGGGGACGGGACUGGCAGUGGGCGCAGUCGCAGGGGUCUUGGGUGGGCUGGCAAUAUCGGAGGGCGUGGAUGCGUUGGAGGAUCACAUUGCUGAUGACGUGGAAGAUAGGAUCGAUGGUGAUGACUUGGAAGAUUACGAUGGUGAUGACUUUUGAUUUUGGAUCAUCUCCUUCCUCGAAUAAUACUAUGAACAAUAAUGGUGUUGGACAAAUAAUUUGUCCGGAAAACUGCCCUUUUUGGGCCGGGUUUGUAAUACAGACUUCUUUAAGGCUUUUAUUUUUACGCUAGAAAUUGUAUAUUUUUUUUAAGAAAAUAAUUUAUAUUA